UUGAAAGACAGUAGUUUAAUAGAAAUGCACCCGCGUUUUUUGUGUUGGUGCCGUCUGUAUUGUCGGUCAUGGAAUUGUCAGCCGACUGCUACCUGAAGUGGAAUGAGGAUUGUCUGUAAUUUACUAAGAAAAAGUAGCUUCUUGCAGCUCUGAAAAACGAUGGUCUUGUGUGUGCUUAAAGAAGAGGCGCGUAUGAAGUAAACCAUUACAUUUGGAACGAGUAAUUUAUUACACCUCAGUUGUUUUAGUUGAAAAUAAACCAGCGAAGCAUGGCAUCUCUUUUAUUUUGCGGACCUAAGCUUGCCACAUGUGGUAUAGUGAUAAGCAUUUGGGGAGUGAUUAUGCUGGCAAUGCUGGGGAUUUUCUUCAGUGCCCACUCUGCUGUGCUGAUUGAGGAUGUGCCCUUCACCGAGGAGGACAUGCACAAUGACAAGAACCCUAUUCAGACAAUCUACAGCCUAUAUAACCAGGUUGGCUUCAACUGCUUCAUAGCAGCAGGCAUCUAUGUUGUAGUGGGAGGUAUAUCCCUCUGCCAGGUCCGACUCAACAAGCGCAAUGAAUACAUGGUGCACUAGACCACCCCCUGCUGGAAAGAAGUCAAAACUGCGCCACCUCAGACUGGAAAGCUGAAAUCCAAGCAUUUUGUAGUCUGUGUUCUGGAUCACUUAGGGUAGUGGUCCUCUGCAUGUCCUGAGUGGCCCAGAGCACAUGUUUCAGCUCAGUCACUAAAUGCUGCAACCCCCCUCCUAUGAAUGCUUUUUUGUUUAGAUUUUUCAGAAUACAAACACAUUUUUACAACAGUUUCUGGUCUUAACGUUGAAUUUCAUUAAUCCUGCAUGCCUUCAUACUUGACUGUCAUGCAUAUUGAUUAUGUUAAAGUGGGGGGACACUUACUAUUCCAUACUAUGUCAAGUACUGUGAAAUACUCUUGUAAAGGCUUUAGCUGGUUUACACACAUUCAUCUAGAAAUUGUUGCUGAAUUAUCAGCUAUGUCUGCACGUAGUCAAAACCUAAUUCCCAGCUUCUUCAUGGUAUGAAGUAAUUUUUUUACACCACUGGAUGGACUUGAUGCACAGAAAUUUCCAGGUUAAAUACAUUUAUUUAAACAUUCAGUUCACUUGUGUUUCUGUGAGAUUAUUUAUUUUAAUCAUGUUUUAUCCUGUCUCAUGGUUUGUUUUUCCAAAUGGAAGUUAUGUAUGAUUAGGAAUGGGAAGAUGCUGUGAUUUCAGUGUAAAUUUUUCUGUUUGACACAACAUGAUUUUGUGCAUGUACAUGAAAUAAUUUAAUUGUUAUUGUGGAAUACUGUAUUUUGGUUUUCAUGUUCUUGCUGUAAAUUAAGAAUGAUAUGGAGACAAGAACACUGAAACUUUGUAUAUAACAGAGGGAGUGUGUUUGAUUUUUCAUCAGUGUUAAUAUAAAUAGGAUCAGCAUAAUUAUUGAAUUAAUGUGUUAUACAAUAGUUUAUAUUGACAGUUCUGCUCCCUGCUUAAAUUAUUGUAUUCAAAUGUAUUGCAUAUGAUUAUCUGCCAGAGCCUUUGAACAAUCCCAUUAAAUGUCAAAUAUUAUAAUAAGUAACAGAAGUAAAAAUGUUGAUUCUGUUUCACGACAGUCUUCUCCAAAUUAUUUAGUCCUGUGCCCUCUUAGUACAGUGAAUGAAUUAUGUCUGACGACCAUGCUCAAAAUAUGCUAUUUGAUAUUACUCAUUAAUAAUCCAGCAUGUGGUCGUGCUAAGUCUGUACAAGAUGUCAUACCAAAUCGAUGUGAAUUUCUGUUGCUUGGAACUGUCAGCAUUCAUGCCUGUGGUGCUAUGGCUUAUUGUAAUGUCACUUUGUGAGACUGCAGGCAUAAAACUCCCUGUGCACUGAACAUCAGGAGGUAUGUACAGCAUUCAUGUUUAUGACCAGUCACUCCUAAAAUAAUCAAAAUGGACAGAAAUCAGAAACAUCUUUAGUCUCAGAAAUCAUAGAUUUUUAUGUUGCUUGUUGUUCAUGUGGAAAACUACAUUUCUUCAUGGUUAUGGUUAGUGCAUGCAUAUUAACAAGGUACAUGAAAGUGACCAGGCAGGGAUUGAUUUAGAGAAAGAGAUUAGAUUAGCCAUAUAACUGAAAGUGUUGUGAAUCUGAGGCUAUCCAAUUUAUUUCCUUUCAUUGAAUAAAGCUGACUCGAGAAUGUAAAUGGUAA